UAAAAGUUGUGAAAAGAGAUUAGCGACGUUGUACUGGAUUUGUCCUGAUUUUAAAUGUUUGAGCGCGCUAAAAUCGCACGAGACAGGAAAAAUCCUGAAAAUCGAACUGACUUGUGGAUGGCUCACAGGCUCCUGGUACGUAGGGUCUGGACGUUGUCUGUCCAAGAUAUCCGCCGCCUCCCGUCGUCCGCCGCCGCCAUUUCCACAUCCUCCUUCUCAACCUCUCUGCAAUCCCCGCCAAGCCGGGUGUCCCUCCUCUCCCCGUCACGCACUCUUCCCCGCACCCUCCAUCAGAUCUCUCGCAGGGACGUCUCCUUCAAUGUCCAGGACACCGAGGAUUUCACAGAAAGGGUCGUCAACAGCCAAUUGCCCGUGUUGGUGGACUUCCACGCUCAGUGGUGUGGCCCCUGUAAAAUCCUUGGACCCAGGUUGGAAAAGGCCGUUGCCAAACAGAAAGGCCGCGUUGCCAUGGCGAAAGUCGACAUCGACGAGCACACAGACUUGGCCAUCGAAUAUGGAGUUUCCGCUGUUCCAACCGUCAUCGCCAUGCGAGGAGGCGACGUCGUCGAUCAUUUUGUUGGGAUCAAAGAUGACGAUGAACUGGACUCUUUUGUCAGCAAAGUCAUUGGACAAUAAACUGUGCAGCUGGCUUCAUUAUUUGUUCUUCUGGUCCCCCCCCUCCCCAUCUACAUUUAAGUCUGUUUAGCCACUGCCAGUGAAGGAAGUGUUGCUUCAGCCCCAGCGGGUUCACACCCAUCCCUGGACCAGCUGCUUCAGUCCAGGUUGUGUCUCUCCUCUCCUUUGUCCGGUGAUGGGUGUGAGCCUCCGGCUGCGUUUUACUUUAGGCUUUUGCUGCAUUCAGCAGCCGUUUGUUUUCUCAAACAACGUUGACAGCUCUGUGAAUCAGUAACAAAUGUGAACGUGAGAAAUGUGUGCUAAAGCCUGCAGACAGGAAAACAAAAGCUGCUGUGUGUACCGGGAGGAAAAACCCCCUUUAUAGUUUCAGCAGAGGAGCUUGUGGGAAACGUUACUGAAUGACGCUUUUGUCCACACGAUGGCGUGGCGUCUGUCAAACACGGCCGGGCCACACGGGGUCACUUUUACACCAUUUAUGCCUAACAAUGUGAGGAGGAUGUGUGUGUGUGUGAGCGUGUUUUUCUGGGAAACUGAGGUCUGUUGGGAAUUAUGUGAGUUUGAUUUCAGUUUAUUACUUAAGAGAUCUGUGUACCGGAAUCAUGACCAGAUGAAGUAAUAAAGACGUCAAAAUGUUCA